AGGGAAGACGAAAGUGGAUUUACUCGUCCAUGAAGAUCUGAGAGAAGAGAGAGAAGGGAACAAGCAAAAGGCAGGUAAGGAGGGGGGGAGAGAGAGAAGUCGAGUUUUAAUAAAUGGUGGGUGUUGGUUUCUUUUGGAGUUUAGCGAAGUGCCAAAAGGCAUCAAACCAGAUACAGACCAACCCAAAACUCUCUCCCCCCCCCUCUCUCUCUCUCUCUCUCUCUCUGCAUCAGAUGGGUAUUUUGUAUUUCGCUACUGAAGUUAGCAGCAGCAGCUGCUGCGCUCUGAUCGCCCAUUAACUCUCUCUCUCUCUCUCUCUCUCUCUGUCUGAGCCUGUGACUUGUCACGGGCUCAGUGGGCUUGCAGAAAGUUUUCGUUUUUUUAAGUGGAGACGCGAGUUUUACCCUCUGUUUCCAGCCAUAAAGAUACCAUCUUUGGUGCCUUCUGAGGUUCCUCUGUGCCUUGAAUCUGUUCUAUUCCCCCCUGUUUGGUCCCCUCAGAAAAAUGAGCGAUUUUGCGCCCGCCCUCCCUCGUCUUCACACUAGUCGUUCGUUUAUCCCUCUGAAACAGUGAGUGGAGAUCGUCUCUCUUUCUACACAUGCACGUUGGGGACCUUGGGGAUGCUUCUUGUUCGAUCCCUUUGAUGCUUUUGCUGUUGUCCUGAACGAGUCGUGAGGUCGUGAGUUUUUCCUUCGGCAAAUCGAUCUUCAUCCUCGCUCUCCAGCUUGCUGUCAAGACCAAAGCAUAAAGAACGAAAGCGAAAGAGAAAAAAAAAAAAAAAGCAAGAAAUGACGGUGUUGAAGGAGCCAGAGAGGAGCUUGGAUCCGCAGCUCUGGCACGCGUGCGCAGGAGGCAUGGUCCAGAUGCCUCCACUGAACUCCAGGGUCUUCUACUUCCCUCAGGGCCACGCCGAGCACGCUUCCUCCGCCGUCGAUUUCGCCGGCUCCUCCGGCGGCGUCCCUCCCCUCAUCCUCUGCCGCGUGUCCUCCGUCAAGUUCUUGGCCGACCACGAAUCCGACGAGGUCUUCGCCAAGCUCAGGCUCGUCCCCCUGCCCAACACCGACCUCGAUUUCGAGGACGACAGGGCCUUGGAGGCGGCGGCAGCCGGAUCCGACAACCCCGAGAAGCCGGCCUCCUUUGCCAAGACACUGACUCAAUCCGACGCCAACAAUGGCGGCGGCUUCUCGGUGCCGCGCUACUGUGCCGAGACGAUUUUCCCAAGGCUUGACUACUCGGCUGAUCCUCCGGUCCAGACCGUGAUCGCCAAGGAUGUGCAUGGCGAGACUUGGAAGUUCCGGCAUAUCUACAGGGGGACUCCUCGUCGGCACUUGCUGACCACUGGAUGGAGCACUUUCGUGAACCAGAAGAAGCUUGUCGCCGGCGACUCGAUCGUGUUCCUCAGGGCCGAGAACGGAGAUCUCUGCGUCGGGAUUCGGCGGGCCAAGAGAGGAAUCGGCGGGGAAUCUCAGGCUGCGUGGAGUUCCGGCGGGGGCGGGAGUUGUGUUCCGCAGUUCGGUGGGUUCUCGAUGCUGCUGAGGGAGGAAGAGAACAAAUUGAUGCGGAAUGCCGCGAAUGCGGGUUGCGACGGCGGAUUCAGAGGAGGGAAGGGAAGGGUGAGGCAGGAGUCCGUGAUCGAGGCCGCCGCCCUGGCCGCGAGCGGGCAGCCGUUCGAGGUGGUGUACUAUCCGAGGGCGAGCACGCCGGAGUUUUGCGUCAAGGCGUCGUCGGUGAAGGCGGCGAUGAGGAUACAGUGGUGUUCGGGGAUGAGGUUCAAGAUGGCUUUCGAGACCGAGGACUCGUCGCGGAUAAGUUGGUUCAUGGGGACCAUUUCCUCUGUUCAGGUCGCGGAUCCCAUCCGCUGGCCGAAUUCGCCAUGGCGGCUCCUUCAGGUGACUUGGGAUGAACCGGACUUGCUACAAAAUGUGAAGCGUGUCAGCCCGUGGCUGGUCGAAUUGGUAUCGAACAUCCCGGCUAUCCACAUGUCGCCCUUCUCUCCCCCGAGGAAGAAGUUGCGCCUGCCGCAUUACCCGGAUUUUCCGCUCGACGGGAACUUCCUUGUCCCCUCGUUCUCAGGCAAUCUCCACGGGCCCACAGGCCUCUUGUGUUGUCUAUCUGAUAAUGCUCCUGCAGGCAUACAGGGAGCCAGGCAAGCUCAAUUUGGAAUACCCUUAACCGAUCAUCACCUCAACAACAGAUUGCGGUUAGGGUUACUGUCAUCCAAUUUACAUCGUUUCGAUCCACAUUCUAGAAGUUCCAACAGCAUCACGAAAGACAACACGCAGGGGAGUGAAAGUUUGUCAUGCGUGCUUACAAUGGGGAACUGUAGUCAGAGUUCAGAGAAAUCUGGUGACGAGAAGAAGCAUAAGUUCCUGCUGUUCGGACAACCUAUACUCACGGAGCAGCAGAUCUCACGUGGUCGCUCUGGUGGUGAUGUUGUCUCCGAUGUUGUCAGCGGCAAAGGUUCAACAGAUGGAAACACGGGCAAACCAAUCCUCUCUGAUGGUGUGGGGUCCACGCUCAAGCAGGCUGGUGCUGGCUUCCUGUGGCGCCAUGGCUUCGAAACAUCUGAACUCGGACUAGAAACGGGUCACUGCAAGGUCUUUAUGGAGUCAGAGGAUGUGGGAAGGACCCUCGAUCUCUCGAUUCUUGGUUCGUAUGAGGAACUUUACAGGAAGCUUGGUAAUAUGUUUGGAAUAGAGAGAUCGGAGAUGCCUAGCCAUGUUCUCUACCGAGAUGCUGCCGGUACCGUCAAACGGACGGGAGAUGAGCCUUUCAGCGACUUUAUGAGAACGGCGAAGAGACUGACCAUCUUCAUGGAUUCGGCGGGUCGUAGCAUUGGAAGGACAUUGCUCACCGGGAGGAGGAACGCUGAAAAUGGAUUCGACUCAACCACUAAGGCGGGUCCAUUGAGCACUUACGCGUAGACCUUGAGCUCGCGCAGACCCCCUUCCCCUCCAAAAAAAAAAGAAAAAGAACGAAGAACACUUUUGAUUUUUAUUCGCGCUCGCGGUAAUGCAAAGACAGCGAAAACGACUCCUAUUUGUAAUGAUGUGUUAGGAAAGUGUGGUGGAUCUUUGAUGAUGUUGUUUCGUGUUUUCCCUGGUUCUGCAAAAGGUGGUUUGUGUAUGGAUCCUGACUUGGAAAAUAAGACUAGCAGGGCGUGUCGUGUUAUCUCUUCA